AUGCUGCUCCCCAAAGGCGGCGUCAGCUGGAAGGCGGCGAGAGCAAGUCUGCCAUCGACGAGGGCGAUAUGGGUGUUGUUGACCAGGACGCGGUUCCUUCUCCUCGUUGCCCUCGCCGGCGUAAUACUAUUACUAUGGCGUGGCAUCCGCAGCACAGCGCCUGAUAUGCAAAGAUUCUACUGCUGGGGCCCGUCAAAAUCGCCCAUGGAGAUGACACCAAACGAGCGAGCAGCAUGGACAUCCCACCUCCAGACGCCCGUCAUCUUCAACCACCACGCCUUGAUGAAAGUGAACUCGUCGACCAUCCAAAAGGUUGACCUGAACCACAUCAAAUCCACAACAAAGGCAGUAGAGAACAAGGAGCGGGUCCUCAUCCUCACUCCCCUCAAGGAUGCCUCCCGGUACCUCUCAAGAUACUUUGAGCUUCUCGCCAACCUUACAUACCCCCACGAACUAAUCGACCUCGGUUUCCUCGUCAGCGACACCACCGACGAUACAAUGGCCGUCCUCGCCGCCGAGCUUGGCCGUAUCCAAAAAGGACCCGACGGUGUUCCGUUCCGGAGCGUCAUGGUCGUGGAGAAGGACUUUGGUCAGGUGCUGAGCAUGGACGUCGAUGACCGGCACGGCUUUGCCGCGCAGGGACCGCGACGUAAGGCCUUGGGCAGGGCAAGAAACUACCUCCUGUCCACCGCGCUCAAGCCCGAACACUCUUGGGUGUACUGGAGAGACGUGGAUAUUGUGGACAGUCCGGAUACAAUUAUUGAGGACUUUGUUGCCCACGACAAAGACGUUCUCGUUCCCAAUGUUUGGUUCCACCGCUACGAGAACGGCCGCGAUAUCGAAGGGAGAUACGAUUACAAUUCAUGGAUCGAGUCAAAACAGGCCCUCAAGCUGGCCUCCAAGCUUGACAAGGACACUAUUCUGGUAGAAGGGUAUAAGGAAUAUAAAACCGGGCGGACCUACAUGGCCCUUAUGGGCGACUGGCGGGAAAACAAGGACAUGGAAAUCGAGCUGGACGGCGUCGGCGGCGUCAACAUCGUCGUCAAAGCAGAUGUCCAUAGAUCAGGGAUCAACUUCCCCUGCUACGCCUUCGAGAACCAGGCCGAGACAGAAGGGUUCGCCAAGAUGGCAAAGCGCGCCGGUUAUGGGGUAUACGGUCUGCCCAACUACGUCGUCUGGCACAUCGACACGAUGGAGAAGAAUAAGAACCUAUAG